UCAAUUUCAAAGUCUUACGAGUCUCUGCUGUAUGUGGCAUAUUAGAGGUGGGAACUCACAGUUUGGCUGGCUGGUUUCUUAGCUACAUCAAUUUCUUUAUCUACAGACUAACGAGUAUAUUUUGGGGGUUGGGUAUCAAAAUCAAUUACCAAUGGAAUCAAAAUUUAUGGAACUGAAAGUCAUGUACUGCAAUGAUCUAAAGGCAUUUAAUUUCUUCCAGAAACUCCUGGUCUAUGUCCUUGUUUCCCUUGUAAGCGAAGAUCCUGACAAGAAAUUGAAGCGGAAUCAGCAACAGAGAACACCCACAGACACAGAAGAUGAUGGGAAUCCUGCGUGGAAUCAUGAGAUGCGGUUUGAUCUGAGCGAGGUUUCUUUUGUAGAUUGUGAUCAUCUAUUUCUUCAUUUUGAUCUGCUGCACGAAGGGCUUUAUUUUGGAAAUAAAACUAUUGGGGAUGUUCGUGUUCCCUUGAAGGAUUUGAUCCAAGAGAGUAGUGGGAUCACCAGGUUUGUGAAUUAUCAGGUCAGGUCUCCAGAAGGGAAGCCUAAUGGAAUUUUGAAUUUUUCUUACAAGGUGAAUGCACAGGGUAAAGAUAUGGGGAUUCAUUUCCCGACAAGUGAGAUUACUGGAUAUUCAGUGGUUGUUCAUCAUCAUCAUGAGUCAUCUGAUAUUCAAAAUCCAGCUGAGAGCUCAUCGCCUGUAGUUCACUAUCCACCACCGAAACCAGAAGAUAGUUCCCAGGAAACUUAUCCCCCUGCAGCUGAGGUUAGCUACCCAAUUCAGGGAACACAGCAACAAAGUCCUUAUCCUCCCACACCUUAUGCCUAUUACCCACCACCGCCACCUCCAUUCUCGCACGGACCACCACCACCACCUCCAUUCUUGCACGGACCGCCACCACCAUCCGGUGGGGCACACCACCACCCUUCGCAUCCAUCAGGGUUCCGUCCGUGGGCGCAUUAUGAGGUCUAUGACUAUAGUGCUCAUGGGAGUUGGAGCCCAAACGCUGGACAUUCACAGAGUUUCGGUCACGGAGAGAUACGGAGACAUGAUUACCGAGCUUAUUGGAAUGGUAGGUAAGGGCUUCGAGGGCUAACAGAGGCAUAAUGUUGCAGGAUUGAACGGUUGUUACGCGAUUGUCGUGGUUCAUCUAUAGAGCAUUAACUGUACCCUGUCAAUGACACGACUUCUCUAUGAAGGAGAGGUUUUCCUAACGCAAUUACUGUGGGUACCAAUUAUUUGUUAAGCUCAAUUAAUGCAGUAGGAUAAAUUUGCUAUGCCAUUGACCAUUAUUGUCAGUGAAUGGCUUCUCUAUGAAUUCUUUUCCGCAUCACUUUUGUACCAAAUUUCAUGGUUUGUACCACUCAAAUUCACAUAUGGAUGCAAGUAAUGAGAACAAGAAAUUACUUA